GAGUCGACUGUUGAUUGCGUCACUAGUAAUCGCAGCGAUACACGAGGGGCAGGGGUCCGAGGUUUUAACAUUUACCCAAAGGGUCGGGAUUUCACAUUUAAAACAUGGUUAGUACAUCCUUAUUCUUUUCCUACUUAUCUGCGACUAUCUUGACAACAGUUUUUCAUCAAAAUGCGCUGUUUUCACCAUCUCCAAAGCAUGUAAUUUAUCUUGUUUCUGCGUUAGCUCGCAUUAGCCAAGCGUUCAUUAAAGUUUUCCCCAACCUGGACUAUCAAAGGGUAUUCAUUGAAAAAAAUACAUUUAUAUCCAUCUUAAGAUCUUCGCCACAACACUGGUAAAACUGAAAAGAAGUUGUCUGUCCCUAAAAUACGACUGUAAAUAUGUGUGAGUUUACAAUGCUAAGCUGGUCAGUGCGGUGUUUGUUCAGUACAUUCAGUUCAUUUGUAUGUAUUUCUUUAUUCAGCACAGAUUAGAAACAGUGCAAGGAAGGAACAGAGCCAAUAGGCUUAUACAGAGUUCCACUCCCGCCAGGGCAGUGAAGGCAUAGGUUGCAAACGACAAUUUAAUUUGGACAUAGACAGAUUAUAAAUAUACAAUGAGUAGGGAAAGGUCAAAACAUACACAAACUGUCAUAAAUAGAACAUAGACAACCCAUCAACCAGUGAUAGACACAUUAUAAGUAUACAUAAAAGGGAAAGAAACAUGAUCAUAACAAAUAAUAAUGUUUAUUAAGACAUGAUUAGAUGAUAUUUCAAUGAUAUUUAAAAGGAUUUGAAGGAUAAUAUUGAUUUUAGAUAUGCAUCCAGAUUAUUCCAUAGUUUCAGUGCUCUAAAAGUGAUAUUAGACUGAUGACAGUAAGUUUGACAGAAAGGUAACUGAAGAUGGCCAUUUUGUCUUUCCAGAUGUUGUUUCUCUGUUAUUAAAUAUUAAACCCUAACAGACAUGCUUGUAUUUGGUUUUAACCAAAUAUAAGUUUCUAGGUAGAUCCAGCACAGUUUUAGAUAGAUGUGCUUUGAAAAGACAACACUGUUGGUUGUACUGUCUUGGUUUUAAACUGUGUCUGUCUCUUUUCCACACAGGGGAAAGCAAAGACAAAGCAGUUUGCGGCAAUGAAGAGAAUGAUAUCUCUAAAAGAUAACAGAAUGUAAGACAAGAUUUGUUUGGUGUAUUUCAGUCCUUUUAGUUAAUGGUCAGUGUCUCUUUUGGUAAUUGGAUAUAACAUUUGGAAACAGAUAUCAAAAAUAGAACAACGAUUGGUUGUUUGAUUUUUUCAGACUGUAUUCUCUCAGCAGUCACCUCACUAUUGGCAGCAGGCUGUGUGACGGGUGACGACCCUCGUAUAGUAGGCCUGUGUGGUGGUCCAAAAUAUUUACAUUUAUUCAUUAAAUGGUUACAUGUAAAAGCAGAGGGAGUGUUGAAAAAAAUAACUGUCAAAAGUGACUUAUUAACUCAUCCAGAAUACAGUCUGACCAAAUUACAAACCCACAUUGAUUUGAGCUGUUUUUGUAAUAGAUUCUUCAUGAAUUGAUAUGUGCUGAUGAGUUAACUAAGACUAUUUAGUAUUACAGACCGUAACCAGUCAUUUUGUGUUUUUGAUAUCUGUUUUCAAAAGUUAUAUCCAAUUACCUAAAGAGACACAGACUGUUAAUGAAUCCAUCCUAUUUUUCCUUACGAUUUAUCAAAACAAAACCUCUAUGUUGUUUUGAGGUAAAUUUUAUUGUAUCUUGUUUUGUAGAAAGGAGAAGGAUCGAGCAAAAGCAAAGCAGAAAAAGAAGAGGGAUCCAUCAGCUCUCAAGGAGAGAGAAGUGUAAGUCAUUCAUGAAAGUUUAAUUUUGAUCAAACCUUGUAGCGUGGGCUUUUUCAUCAGAUUUUCUUUAUUUCUUUGUAGGCAAAAGCACCCUUCGUGCUUAUUCUUCCAGUACAAUACGCAGCUUGGUCCACCAUACCACAUCCUGGUCGACACCAAUUUCAUUAACUUUUCCAUCAAGGCCAAACUGGACAUUGUUCAGUCCAUGAUGGACUGCCUGUAUGCAAAAUGUAUGUACAAAUCCCCUGUGGUAAUUUUGGCAUGUCGACAGUUGUCCAUGUGAUUGUUACGACAAAAUUAAGAAUGUUACAAUUUAACCAUGGCCUUACUUUUCUUUUUUAUCAUUUGACCCACUCCAGGUAUCCCAUAUAUCACAGACUGUGUGAUGGCUGAGAUUGAAAAGCUAGGAAUGAAGUACAGAGUUGCACUCAGGUACAAGCUGUUGAUUAUUUAAUGGCAGCAGAACAUGACCUAAUGCAUAGAUGAAGAGACACUAUAUAUAUAUAUAUAUAUAUAUAAUUAUUAUUCCUUUUUUUUGUUGUUUUUUUUUUCCAUUUUUGCAGGAUAGCCAAGGAUCCAAGGUUUGAGCGUCUGCCAUGUACACACAAGGGAACAUAUGCUGAUGAUUGCUUAGUCCAAAGAGUAACACAGGUGAUAUUCUUUCAUGUACAAUCCACACAAUAUGCAUAUAUGCAAGAACUGUGUUGAGUUUGUUUUCAGGUUCCCAUAGUGUGAAUGGCUCUCUAGAAAAUUUAAUGCACCUGAAACAUUGUGUAAAAAUUCAUUUUGCUUUUGCCUUCUCUUUUAUGGCAAGUUAAAAAGUGUGCAGUAAAAAGUUUGUUGGAAACGUUCCACUGAGUCCUCUUUGCAGGUACAAAGCAUGUCGUCAGAAAUCAUGUGAAUUUAAUUACUGUAAGUGUAGAGUGUUGUGGGUGCAACAAACUGUGUUCAUAUAAAAAGUGAUUUUGGACCAUGCAGUGGUCAUGUCAGUUUUAAAGGAAGUGCUGAUUGACGGCCUAAAUAUAGCUGCCAUCCUGCAGUGGUUCUUGGUCUUGUCCCUUUUGUACAGAGAUUACCCCUGAUUUACUGGAUCUUUCAGUGAUAUUUUUUACCAAAAUAAAUAGAAUCCUCAAAUUCUUUCACACACAGGAACUUUAUCUUGGAAUUGCUGAACUAUCUUGUUACCAGCGUCCCAAAUCUUAUGGAAAUGGAGUUGAGGAAAAAAGUGAUGAAAACUCUGAAUUGAUCCUGUUGAAAUGAAAUGACAUACAUAGUGCAGUGGUACUAUGGUACAGUGGAAAGUCAUAGAUUAAGACUUACUAAACUACUGUGAUAAACAAGGGACUUAACUUUGUAGAUGUGUGUGAACAUUUUUCAUAAAAGCUUAAACAAGAUCAUUUGAAUUGCCAACAAAACUUGUUUAGCCAUGUUUGAUAAUUGUACCAUAUACUGUCUCUGUCAUAUGAACAGCUGAAGGCAAAAAGAUUUUUUUAUUCAAACAAGGUAAAGCUGUUCCGUGUCACAGUAAUGCUUUGACACUCAAAAGUAAAUAUUUAAAUAUAUUUUUUCACAGCACAAGUGUUAUAUCCUGGCCACUGUGGACAGAGAUCUGAAGAGAAGGGUCAGGAAAAUCCCUGGAGUCCCCAUCAUGUACAUCUCAAACCACAGGUAACACAAUCAAAUGUUGUUCAACAUAUAGAGCAGUUUAAAGUGCGUUUGUGUGUUGUUGCAUGAAAUGUGAGAAUGUAUAUACUGAACACAGUAUGAGCUGUUAAUCACUUUCACUGUCAUACAGGUACAAUAUUGAACGGAUGCCAGAUGACUAUGGCGCUCCAAGGUUAUAGUAUUCCUCCAACUGGACCAGAGCUGUAAAUAAACUGAUAUUUCCUUGCUGAUUUGUUAUGUACUUCAAAUAUCAUGUGAGAGUUUGAGGUUUGAUUUGACAGGAUCAGUUGCAUUUCUUUGAACUGAAAUUUAGUUAUUUAGUUUUGCUGUUCUCAUUAAAGAUUUUGCCACAAGAAUACUGAAAAAUUACAA